AUGACAUGUUCGUGCCAAUCGAUGCAACUUGAACGAGCUCACGCCACUCUCAAGUGCAAACUUGAUAUGGGUUGUUUGGACGGCCGCAACACACCAGCCUUUGUCUGCAACCUGGUGAACCACAACAACACGGCCACCGACACGGUCACCACCGGCAUCAUGAUGGCCUCACACAGCUGCACAGCAUCCUUGGAGCGAAUCGCCACACGCCCUGCGGAGCAAGAUUUCCUCAAAGCUCUGCCCGAGUCCAAUCACAGCAGCAACCAGCCGGCUGUCAAACCACGCUCUGCCUCCAUGAGCGCCAGCCGAAGACCACCCAGCAAGCUUCGACAUUGCCAAUCAGUCUCAACCCCCGUCACGGCCACGGCGCCUUCCUACCGCCCCAAGUCGUACAGUCUGUCCCAACUUGAUGUGAUGACAGCCGUUGCCACCAUUCAGGCCAAGCGCGAGGGGGCAUCCCCCUUCCCCGUCCUUUACGCCUUUGACAUGAGCCGUAUCAUGCAGCGCCUCCGAGCAUGGCCCGAGCCCUUGCAACGCAACAUUCGCUCCCUCAUCGACGGUGUACAUGGCCUCGAAGAUGGUGCCAACCUGGCACUCCGACAGCGCUACCUCCACAACCGGGAUACCCAGGGCGCCGCCACGCCCCCCACCUGUGACGAAGAUCGCCGCAUCGCCCUGGCCGCACGGGAUCAACUCCACAGCAACCUCGUCGAUCUCGGAUUUCGCCUCCUCAGCAAGCUCCAAAGCCGCCAGAUUGACAUUCUUCGAGCCAUCAAUGACAUGUGCGAUCGGGAUCGCUACGAGACCCAAGGCCUAGCCCGUGCCGACAUUGAUCUGCUUUUUGACAGCCUCAAGCACCACUAUGCUCAACAACGGGAAGGCUGGGCCUCCUUUGAUCGCAAAUACUUUGCCAUGUCUCGCACUCUCGGCACCCCCGAAACGGCCUGUUAAAGACCAAACACCUCCCAUUGACCACCUGACCUAACCGCCUCCAAUCUGACCGCCACUUCUUCUAUUGGUUUCUUUUCUUCUUUUGACUGACUCUUACUUCAAAUCGGGCCUUUUGACACUUCGAAUGACGCAUCACUUUGACAAUACGGCAACCAAGCCGCUUGCCAAUCGCCUGGCCGUUUCCUACUGGCUUGGAGCACCCCCAUAUCUUGAGUUGCCCUCUUGCUUUUCUUUUCUUUUUUUCCAACUUUUUCUUGAGUUUUCUUUUUUUCCUUUUCUUUUUGAGUUUCAUUUUGAGUUUUCACGCCAUCGAGGGCGUAGCCGAGAUGCAGAUUUGCAAGCUGGCCAUGUCUCUGGCGCGCUGCUUGCAAUCCAUC